GUUAGGUUCUGGCCUUGGUUGUAACAGAACCUGUACCGAAUAGAGCAGCAGCCAGUGGGAGAUGGUUACAGGCUUUGAAGUACUUAGACAAGAAGCAGAACCCAACAUAUCUGUGAAGAAACAGGACGUGGAGACGAUGUUACAUCCAGCAGCUUUACUCACAUCAACAUGUCUUAAGCUUCAUUACAGCUCGGCUCAAACUCACUCAUGGCUUUUGCUUAUUUUUGUAUUGGAUCAAUCUGAGUCGUGGCUGCAGUCGGAAAUAAGUGUGUGAACAUGGAGACGGGCAGUGUGUUACUGAGCCUCCUUUGGGCUUCAGGUUUUACAGGAGCUUUGGCUCAGUGCAGCAGAAAUCCAGACCUCUUCAUCACUGCACCAAAGGAGAUGGAAGCACUGACUGGAUCCUGUGUGAUGAUCCCAUGUAGCUUUAGAACUAAACCAGAUCAAACCAUCAGCAGCGGAACCAUCUAUGGAGUGUGGAUUAAAAGUGACUCUAGGUUUGGUCUAAACCCAAAAAAUGUGAUCUACAACAGCAGUAAGACAGAUAACAUUUAUCCAAUGAAUAUCACUGGAAACCUGAGACAGAGAAACUGCAACACUCUGUUCUCUGAUCUAAAAACAACACACACAGACACGUACUACUUCAGAAUGGAGAACGGAGUAUUCAGAGCAACAGCUGACUGUGAUCCUGUUCAAAUCAAAGUCAUAGAUGCUCCUGAAAAACCCAGUCUUAACAUCUCAGUCGAUCCCUCCCGGAUGAGGGAGAAUGUGUCUGUGACUAUAACCUGCUCAGCUUCCACUACCUGUCCACACUUUCCUCCUAAACUCACAUGGAACUUACAAGCAGAACCUGACAACCACAGACAGAGAAACACAGAUGGAAUCUUCACUAUUAAGAUCCAGAAAACCAUCACUGUGUCAGACAAACAUGAUGGAUUCACCAUCAGCUGUUCUGCCUCAUAUCCUGUGACUGAAGGCAUCAGGACAAAAGAGGCUCUUCAGACUCUCACUGUUUCAUAUGCCCCCAAGGACACCUCAGCCUCCAUCAGUCCAUCGGCUGUGGUGUCAGCAGGUAGCUGGGUGAACCUAAGCUGCUCCAGCAGAGCCAGACCUGCUGUCAGCAGCUUCACCUGGUUCCAGAUCAGCAGUGAUGGAGCCAAAACCAACGUAUCUGAAGGAGCCUUGUACACAUUUAAUGCCACAGGUGGAGGCGUUUACUACUGCGUGGCCUCCAACGGCCUCGGUGCCCAGGCAUCACCACAGCUUCAUCUGACUGUUGGAGGUCAUGAAGCUUCUCAGUUGGACGUUGUUCAUGUCACACUGAAAACCAUUCUGGGGCUCAUGGUUCUGGUCAGCAUCGGCAUCGUCUCUGAUUGCUGCCUUAGACCAAGAUCCUUCAAUAACCAGCUGGAGGACACGGCAGCAGUUGUGACAGCAUGAGGAGAAGAGGAAGCCCGUUCAUAUAGACCAGAGGUCGGCAACCGGAGACACAUGCGGCUUUUUUGCCUUAUACUGAAAUUUAUUUAAAAUAAAGUAUUUGCCGCUCAAAAUCGCAUCGCAGCAGCUGUCUCUGUUGCGCUUCUCCACGGUUCACACGCCUAACGUGAAAAACAAAUCUUCGAGAUACCUCAAUAUUUGAGCCAAAUGAGGCACCACUUUUGAAAGUGAAAAGCAAGUGUUCAGUGACAACACUAAGAUACUUAAGAUGGAGUCUGAUCCCAAAACCACUUUUUGGGGGAGAAUAGCAACAUGUUUUUUUAAUUUUAAAAUUAACUAAAAGAUGACGCAUUCAUCUUUUUUAACUAAAAGAUGAAUGCGUUUCCAGUUUAACUUGUGAUCGACUUCCAAUUGCAACUGGUUGCUGUUAGUUAUCGGCAGCGGUUUAAAGCAGGAGAAAGUCUGUUUUGUCGUCUGUAUGCGAUCUGAACAAUCUUUACAGUUUUUAAAGUUUAAUCUGAUACAGUUUGAUCGUUGCUCGUAAUCUAGUUACGGAAGUAGUGAAAAGCACUAAUAAGUCUGCUGUUAAUUGCUACGAUCUUCAAUAAAAUGUAAAACGUUAAAGCUCUGCGUCCUGUCUUGA